GCGCAGCGGCGGUCCCGAGGCGGGAGGAUGCGGGCAGCGCCCGGGGCGCAGCCGGAGCGGCCCUUCAAGCUCAGGAAGAGUCUCGCCACCCGGCGGGAAGAAGUAGCAGGGAUCCGAGCCAAGUUCCCGACAAAAAUCCCGGUAAUUGUUGAGAGAUACCAGAAGGAGAAAUACCUUCCUCUCUUGGACAAAACCAAGUUUCUGGUCCCCGAGGAGCUGACCAUGGCACAGUUCAUAACCAUUAUCAGAAGCAGGAUGGCUCUAACAGCUACGCAAGCUUUCUACCUGCUGGUGAACAACAAAAGCCUAGCCAGUAUGUCCUUGACAAUGGCAGAAGUAUACAGGGACUACAAAGAUGAAGAUGGUUUUGUGUAUAUGACCUAUGCUUCCCAGGAGAUGUUUGGAUGCUUAUUACCCACUGCCCAAGGGAAAACCAUGGAAUGCUUUCAGAAAACUUAAGAUUGGGUUCAUAUGCUGCAGCAAAGCAGUUUGCUCUGAAUCAUGCCUGUGACAUGAACCUUGGAGAUGCUCCUUCUAGCAUGAGCUCUUGAGCUCUGUAGUGGGAGUUAUGACCCCAAAGCUGGCAGGACCAGCUUAAGACAGAAAUGGUGGUACACUUUCCCUAGGUAAUAAUUUGGAUAUAUAUUUUUAUAUUUGAAGACACUAUGGGUUAGGUUUUUUCUUCUUUUGAACUGCACCUCCACUGUUUUGCAAUAUCAGUCUUUGCUGUGUAACUGAUUUUUAAGGUUUCCUGAAAGCCUAAGUCUAAGAGUGAAAUAAAGAACCUUUUAAGUAUUGA